CUUCGCUUGAAGACUGGCCGAAACAUUCUUUUCCGGGCGGGGCGAGUCGGGGGGGAGAGCGUCUAGCGGAGACCGGCUGAGCAAAGGUGAGAGGUAAAGCGCGGAGCGGUUUGAGAGGGUGUCGGAGUUCAGUUAAGUUCCUUAUGUCAUCCCCUGAAAUUGCUUCGCUCUCAUGGGGGCAAAUGAAAGUACAAGGCUCUACAAAAAUCUAUAAGGACUGCAAAGUGUGGCCAGGGGGAAGUCGGGAUUGGGAUUGGAGAGAAACAGGAACUGAGGGUCUUUGUCCCCAGGGCCUCCCUCCCCCCACUCUCCAAGAGACCCUCCAAAACCAGCAGCAUUCUCCUGGCGUGCAGCCUGCAGACGUGGAGGAAGUUGUGGAGAAGGGUGUGCAGAUCCUUGUGAUUGGCCGAGGGAUGAGUGAGGCCUUAAAGGUACCCCCAUCAACCGUGGAGUACCUCAAGAAAAAAGGCAUUGAUGUGCGGGUCCUCCAGACAGAGCAGGCAGUGAAGGAGUAUAAUGCCUUGGUUACCCAAGGCAUCAGGGUGGGAGGGGUCUUCCAUUCCACCUGCUGAUGGAGCCUUCAGAGAAUAAAUGACUAAACAAUGA